AUGCAAAACGUCUGGCAAGUCCCUGGCCGUGUUUCCGGCCUGAACCCUCUGUCAGUGGCCGCUGGCGAUCACCCAGACCCUACGCCUGCCCCUCCCGACCCCCCAGACCCUUCCUCCCCGAUCUCUCCUCAGGAAUUCCCCCCCCUGAACUCGUCUCCACCAACUACCUCCAAACGCACCUCCCCCUCUUUAACCUUCACUGCUGGUGCUGCUAAAGCUUCAGCUUCUGGUCCUCAUCCUUCUGUUCGUCAACCUCCUGGCACAAGAAGAAUGAAGCCCACAACUUUUCCAUACACUGUUCCAAAAUCUGGAUCUACUACCACUGUUCCAAAAGUUGGAUCUGAAACCACUGUUCCAAUAUUUGGAUCUGUAAACACCGUUCUUCAAUCUCACCCUCAGGUUCCUUCUUCUUCUGGACCUGAAUCUGUUCCCUCACAAUCCCAACUUACCAACAACUUACUACCUGACUCAAACCCCAUAAUUCUCCCACCAAAAAACUCACCACUUCUUAAAUCCAACUUAGCAUCAUCCUCUCAUACCACCACCGUACCUCCCCCUAACAGCCAAACGACCACCCCUCCACAAACCCUACCUAUUUCUCCCCCUCUGCUAAUCCCAAACACCCAACCCCCUCCCAUUCCUCAGACUACCUUGGUUGAAAGACUCUGUGCUUCAGAAGACAAAACCUUGCGCCGACUAGCUCCUGUUACUGUCGCGCCUUCUGGUAGACCUAGAGUCCUAAUACCUGAUUCAGUCUUUCAAAAAGGAGCGGAAAUCCACAAAGACUUUAUCAUCUGUUACUUCAACGGAAGACCUCCUCCCUUCAUUCAGAUUCAAAGUGUCUUCAACCACUUGUAG